UCAUUAUUGUUUCAAUCAUUGUUCAAUGUCUCACUAGCUUCAUAAACGUCGACUAACUUUAAUUCCUCACUUAAUCUUCAAAAAGUGUUUCAAAAAUGUCUCUUAAACAUUUAAUUAUUGUUUCCUUGUGUCUUCUAACUAUUGCUAUCAAUGCAAGGGCUGCACCUGGCGAUCCGAAUGAAGUGGAACCGAAAGAAGAUGGAGCAACAAAACCACCAACGACACCAGAACCAGAAACAAAACCAGAACCAGAACCAGAACCAGAAAAGGUCCAGUUGAUAAAAACAAGUGAUUCCUCUGUUAUAAUUAGGCUGUUAAUUGACCCUAAAAGUGGGGAAAAGAAAUUUAAAAAAUUUUCUUUGGUUUAUGCGCUUGAAAGGCCAAACGAAAAAGGUGACAAAGAAUGGCGUUAUUCAGAUAAAGAUGCAACAGUUAAUGUUGCGAAAAUCAAGAAUAAAGUUAUUAAACGUGGAGUAGUUGGCAAAGUUUUCCAGUAUGACAUUGAAGUUACCAACAUUCAACCUGAUACCAAGAUCAAAAUAUUGUUUGAUCUCUUUUAUGACGAAGAAAAGGUCCGCACGAAAGAAAUCGAAACCAGAACCAAAGCUAAAUCUCCAGUGAUUAAAACUACAGCACAAUUAUUGACCUUGCAAUUUGAGAAUCCUAAUGCAGUCAAAUAUUUCGCCAAAGUCAACAAGAUGAAAGAUGACAAAGAAACAGAUUGUGUUCUUGAGUUGACAAUGUCACCAUGUUUUGGAAACAGUAUUGGAUUACCUGGGUUAAUAUCUGGUGAAAAAUAUUCAAUCAAAGUUUGGUAUAUUCAAGCUGAUAACUCUGAAUCAGAAGUCACAACUCAAGUGAUUACCGGCUUACAAGGUGUAUAAGCUUAUCCAAAUAUAAACAUUUCAACUUUUGGUUACAAGAAUAAACUUUUCUUUUACUUCUAAAUCGACCAAGAUUUUCAAUAAAAUAUCAAAUUAAAAUUCAAUUCAA